CACAAAUAAAUGAUCGUCGCUAUGGUGUAUUUAUUGAUACGCAAUUGAAAUAUAACGCUACUAUACAUUGCACCAACUUUCAGUAUGGACUAAUCUGACACAGAGCACAUAUCGGGAUGGAUCAAAUAUCAAUGGAAGGAUUAGAAAAAGAACUACAAAAGCUUUUCGCCGGCGGCACCUCUGAUGAUUACGUAAAAUGUGCCGCAAAGAAAUUAACUGACUUAACAGGAACUGACGUCGCAGACGUUUUCCAGAAGCUAGCAUAUGGAGUUGAUAUACUGUCUAAAUUGACUGGAUGCUCUACAGUACCCGUAUUAUCGUUUACACUUUCCUUGUCAGCUCUAUCUUCGAUGUUCAAGAAAAUAGGAUCAAAUCUAAAAUCUGCUGAUGCCCCUGUAGAAGAGGAUAGUAUAUUUGUAGCAUUAGAACGCUAUGAAGACUCAGAGUUAAAAGCAGAAGCAGCUGGUUUGGUUGAUUUGCUUUUCAUCAAAAAUGCAUAUUUUGGUGAGAUCAACGAACAAGCUCACGAAAGUGUUGUUAACAGAUUAGAAGACAAAUUUCCAACCGACGACAUUGUGAAGUUCAUGGGCAAACUGAAAGUAAAAACGCACGAGCUACUGACGACGUCCGACCCACAGUCUGCCCGCCGGGCAUCGGUCUAUAUCAAUCUGUAUUUUCGUUUGGCAAAUCUCCGUACGAUAGUGUUGUGGCAAGUUUUCUGCAUUAAACAGCGAAGCAACUAUGAUCAACAAAGUACUCGAGGGGUUCUCGCCAUGAUAAAUGAAGGUCAAAAAUCAGACAUGGAAGUUAUGAGAUAUGUAACGGAAACAAGUUUCCAAAAAGCAGUGUUUCAUACAAUAUUCCAACCGACAGAAAACGAAAAUUUUAUGAAUUUUAUUUGCAUUCAUAGAAUACGAAUUCCAAGCUUAGGGCAUGAUAAAAAGUUCUGUCGUCGGAAACAUUUCAUUCGCUCUUCAAAAUUGCCGGACUACAGAUUUGAAAUGAUGUCACCUAAAACGGAUUUUAUUGGUGGAAGCCAAAACUCGUCUUUUGCUUGUAAAUUUUAUUUGGAACCGGUGCGAAAUCGGAAGUUGGACGGUAUAUUUUACAUGAGAUCAGUGAAGUGGUCAGACUCCUACGUUUCUAUGGACAAAGAUGGAAAGUGUGUUUCUGUUUCAGACAAACCGGGAACAGAAGGACAAUGGAAGGUCGUCCGUUUGGGCAAUGAAAGGCUCCUGCCGCAGUUCUUAUUUUCCUCCAUUAAAUGGCCCUGUAAAUUUCUGUUCUUGAAAUCGUGUUGGAGAACCUUUUCUAUAGAGGGCACGGAAAAUUUGAAAGCAUCAAAGGAAAACUGUUUGUGGGAAAUUCUUGACGUAUAGACAGCUCAAGAUUUUUAAAAUCAUAAAUAUAUUAUUUGGCAUUAAUUAUUAUCGUUCAUCGUUUUCAAAGAUAAGAAUAUCUGCAAAUGGAAAGGAUACCAAGGAUUAUACUGAUAUAAAUGUAUUUGUUCUGUGUUCUAGGAGUUUCGUAGAGAUUUUUAAGACCUACAUAGUAUGCACCUAUAUAAUGUAACUACUUAAAACAUGUUAUUAGCUAUAUGAUUUAAAAUGCAAUUUUAGAUGUAAAAUUUAUAUUGAAUCUUUUUGAUAUAGCUAAUGAGUAAAGCUUGAUAAUCGU